UCAGAUACGGUCGUGCUGCGGUCGGAACUGCGUACAAGUUCUCGUAAACAUUCAAAAAAUCGACAAAAAAAUUUUGAAACUGACAAAAAAAAUUGUGAAAGUGCCAAAGCUGCUCACCUUUUAAAUAAAAUAAAGUGCAAGUUAUAGGAGCCGCAAUUAUAUUUUACGUGAGAUAUCAAUUUUGAUAUCAGUUUUUGGAAACAAGAAUACAAAGUACCAUUAAAGCCGGCUUGAGCCACUCUUGGAUUACGCGCUCCCCCUCAGAGGUUUCGGCUUCUGUCCACUGUUAUUAUGGCAAACACGCAGCCGGAAAAGCUCUACAUGCAACUAAGCGCAGCCGAGUUGGCGGCUAUUAUAAUGAAAGAUUCACCCAAUUCCAAUGACCGUGACGCAGGUUUCUGUUCCGCCAGCUCGGAAAGCGAAGGCGGAGACGACUUGGCCGUCGAGCACUCGCGCAGUGGCAGUCCCGACAUCGCGCCAAAAGGAACAGAAGACGCGUCAGACCCUAGCUCCAAUUCAAACUCCAAGCCCAUCGCCCUGAUCCGCAACAAGCGCAAGAGCUCGGAACCCUCCAAGGUAGUGGGUUCGCUGCCCGGGCCUUCCGUCCUUUCCACUGCGAGUAUGCAUGCUACGGGUCCGCUCAAGAAACGCAUUCGCUACACCUCCUCGGCCGACUCAGCGGUGGUGCUGACACCCCCGGCCGUGGACUCUCCGCCGCCCAGCGGCUGCCUGGCAUCCUCGCUGAGAUUGGAUCAGGAAAUGAUGCCGAAUCCGGCCCACAUAUUCGCCCGUCACCCAGGUGUCACCACUCUGCAUCGGCCGUUUGCCUCGCCCUAUCCUGAGCAGCUGGAACCGCUUGCACUGGUAACGAAGAAAACCCUUUUGGAAGCCGAAAAAGAGGCGAAAGCGGAGUCCUACCCCAAGCUGCCGAGUGCCAAACCGCAAACUCCGAAAAAAGCGCUACAGAAAAAGUCAGCAAAAGCGGUGCCCACAUCUUCUUCACUGCUGGACGCGAGUCUCAGCGAUGAGGACACUUGCAAGGUCCCCUCCGGACUAAGGUCUGAUGUGUCUAUGUCGCGACCCCACCAGAGCCAGCACCACCAUCAGCGUAACUACAAGAACAUGACGCGGGAGCGCCGCAUAGAGGCGAAUGCUCGGGAACGGACCCGUGUCCACACCAUUUCCGCCGCCUACGAAACACUGCGCCAAGCCGUUCCCUCCUAUGCCAGCUCCCAAAAACUCUCGAAGCUGUCCGUGCUGCGAGUGGCCUGCUCCUACAUACUGACGCUGAGCCGAAUGGCUGGCGAGGACUACAGCGCCGACCAGUCCGAGCCAUCGAUUGCCGACUGCUUGGAGGCGGUGACAGCCACUAUUCAGACGGAGGGCAAGGUGAAGCGGAAGAAAGACGAGUAAUCGUAGGCAUUCAAUGCGACUGAUUGCCGCUACUGUUCCUGAUAACCGGGUGGGCUCGAGCUGCAUCUGCAUCCAGCAUUCCUACCCACACUCUCCGAGUCCUAGGCAUAGUGGUGGUCACGGGUGGCCGAAUAGCUUUAAAAGUUUUCAAAGCUUUGUUUAGUUGUAACCUACAAGACCAGGAUGCGAGUCGAGGGGAAAUGAAUAAUGCGCGAAAUACACUGUAAUUGUACCAUAUACUGAUAGAUUAGAGUUAGAGCUUAAUACCAGCGAUGUGAUCCUAAUUUAAAGUCGCUUUUUACUGAAACAAUACGAGGUACGGGCACUUAAGGCAGUACAAACAGUCAACACCAAAUGAUAUACAAAACUGAACACUGAAAGCUGAAAAGACAAUAAUCCUAGCGGGCAAUAACGUGAACGUUUGGCUAUUUUCCAGGCUUCACACGCACUACUUUUACCAUAUAUUUUUAAAAUCCAAAUAUAUUAAAACUGGAUUCAAAUUUGAAGCAGCCAUAACACUAUAUAUUUGUACUUUAAGCUAGCAACUAAGAACUCUACUUGAACUGGAUCGUGGAGAAGCAAUAAAGUGUGGCUCCGACUGACUCUGAUCGAUUAGUUACUUGUUCAACAGUUGCCAUUGUGAGUGAGAGGAGUGUUAUCGAAUGAUUUGUAACAUUUGCAUUUGUAAAUAAGAAGGUCCUGAAACAUUUCAGCCCCCCUGUAAAUAGUCCCCAAAUGUAAUCUCAUUGUUUUAGGUUAAUAUGUAGAUCUAGCAUUAUACAUAAGCGUUAGUGCCAUAAAAGUGGAGAAAUAUACAAAUCUGACUGUCAAACAAGUA